AUGUUUAGGUCUACACUUAGAACUUAUGUGUGUUUGGAACUCCCAUUACAACAAAGAGCGGACGCAGUGAGUAGUCUGGUAUACGAGGCGAACGCACGAGUUAGAGAUCCAGUGUACGGUUGCGUUGGCACCAUAUCUUACUUGCAAGACCAGGUUUCUCAGCUUCAAAUGCAGUUGGCUGCGGCUCAAGCAGAAAUACUUUGCAUUCAGAUGCAACAAGAACCAGCUCCAAUUACUACUAGUCCAGCACUGUUUGAGGGAGAUGACAAAUAUUCAUCCCUUUUCCUUCAUCAAAAUAAUCUUCCUCUGCUCCUUAGCUUUUCCUCUUCUAAUAAUGUAAUUCAUGACUCUUUCUCGAAAGAGCCCCCCUUGACUUGA